UUAAUUGCGUCAAUCGGCAGAUCAUCUAUCUAUCAAGUCAAAGUAAAUUUUAAUAAUAAUGGAAAAGUCUAUUUGGAAUUGAUUAAAAUAAGACAAUUAUACUCGUAAACCGGAAUAAUCGUUGAAGAUUUAUAAUUUUAUGCUCUUAAAUAUUGACAAUAACUGUUCUUAUCAUUAUGGCUACUCAAAUAUUUAGUAUGCCUAAUCAAAUACCAUCACAGUUUAUCAAAGACGUUGAAGAGUGUAUAGCAACUAUGAAAGAUCAUGUAGACAAUCGAGGUGGCAACUAUCAAUGGAAUCUUAAUGACUUUGAUGUUGGUGCACCUCUUGGAAGAGGUAAAUUUGGACGUGUAUACUUGGCAAGAGAAAAGUCUACUCAUUAUAUAGUAGCUCUGAAAACACUUUUCAAAAAAGAACUGAUAAAAUCUCGUGUUGAAAAGCAAGUUCUUCGUGAGAUAGAAAUCCAAUCACAUUUGAGACAUCCUCAUAUACUACAGCUGCUUACAUAUUUUCAUGAUGAAAAGAGAAUCUAUUUGGUACUAGAAUUUGCAGCAAAGGGUGAACUGUACAAGGAAUUAAAACGACAGCCGAAAGAAAGAUUUAGUCAACACUUGUCUGCCAAAUAUAUCUAUCAAGUAGCAGAUGCUCUAGAUUACUGUCACAAAAAUAAUGUCAUUCAUCGUGACAUCAAACCAGAAAAUUUGCUUUUAACAUACAAUGGUGAUAUCAAAUUAGCGGACUUUGGAUGGUCUGUUCAUGCUCCUUCCACAAAACGUAAUACAAUGUGUGGCACAUUGGAUUAUCUUCCUCCAGAAAUGGUUGUUGGUCAAAAAUAUGAUAUCUAUGUUGAUCACUGGUGCCUUGGAAUUUUAUGUUAUGAAUUUUUGGUUGGGCGCCCACCUUUCCUGAGUGACACUUCUGAUGAAACUUAUCGGAAAAUCAGAAAGGUUGAGAUUCCAUGGCCACCACAGAUCACUCCUGGAGCCAAAGAUCUGAUUUCACAGUUGAUCAAACGCAAUAGUUUGGAAAGAAUACCACUGAAGGAUGUCAAGAAACAUUACUGGAUUAUUGAGCACAAAGACAAACCUUAAUAAGUGUAUAUACUAAAAUAAUAUGUUUCAAUUUGUAUUUAAAAUCCAUUAGAUGCGUUUAUAUAUAAAUGUCGAAUGUAUUUUUAUCAUUUUCUAUUUUAAGCUUUAAUAAGCAUAUUAAAUGAUUUUUUC